GUCCUCAUAACUACUUUCUACCGGCAGUUAAAUAAUCUACAAAUGGAAGUCAUUCUAAUUCAGGGGUAGCUACAGUUUGGAAACGAGGUCACUCCUGUUAGAAUAAAGUAACUAAAGAAGUUGCUGAAUAGCUAAUAAAGGCGUUCUACCACGAUACAUUUACUGACUACCAAGGACACCACAUGGAAAAUCACACCACCAGUGCUAAGGUGCUUCUCAACCAUGCUACGAUUUUGAAUCUGCACACGGGGAAUUUAGUAAACCGAAGCCGUCUCAAGAAAAAAUGUCCGUCUUCACCUAGCGAAGAGAUUCAAGACUGUGUUCGAGCCACGCUUAAUGAGUGGUUUGCCACCAUACCACCACCAACUUCAUCAACGGACCUACCAGACACUGUUGACUGCUCUAUCCCUCAAGCUACAGAAGCAAUCACACCUGAGGAGAGGGAGGAGCUGAAGGUCUCAGUGAAACUAUUUAUUUGCGAGGCAGACCUCUCUUCAAUCAAAGAUGCAGUUGAUAAGGCUUGUCAGGCCCUGGCUGUGUCCCUGCUGGACUCGGUGAUCAUCGCACCCCCUGUUCUGCCUGAAGGGGAGAGUCAGACCCUGGAGAACCUGCAGCCUGCCUGGAGGGAACUGGAGGGCUUGGUUCAGAGCCACAAGAUCGCUGCCAUCGGCACCUCUGACCUGGACAAGGAGCUCCUGGAGCAGCUCUACAACUGGGCCCAGGUGAAACCCAGUAGUAACCAGGUAAAUCUGGCCUCCUGCUGUGUGAUGCCCCCUGACCUGACUGCUUUUGCAAAGGAGUUUGACAUUCAGCUACUGACUCAUAAUGACCCAAAAGAACUGAUUACUGCUGCCAGCUUCCAGGAGGCAGUGCAGGAGAGCACUCAGGACCUGAAGGUAGCAGACUGGAGGUUGGAGUGGGUUUUGCGCUACUCCAUCAUUGUCAAAAGCAGGGGGAUCAUUAAAGCAAAAGGCUACCUUGUUCACUCAAAGAGAAGCAACCUGUAGCGUGUCCUCUGAAAAUCAGUUAUUCAGAUGUUACUCAUGACCAAUACAUUUAUAGUAGUCAAACCACUUACACUCCUGCAUUGCAGUGGAGGCUUUGUUUUAAAGACGGAGAUAUAGGUAGAUCAACGUUUAGCAAACAUGGCUACAAAACUGAAUUGGAACCCCAGAAAUAAUUAAAUUGUGUAGAUGUAACACCUUGUUUUAGUACAAUGUUAGAAUGAUUGCAAAGCAGUUUAAAGGUUAAACAGCCUCUAACCCACUACGGAAAUGUCCCACAAUAUUUUUACAUUGUAAAUUGAUGAGAAAGUUAAGUAGAGGUGAGUACUUUGGAUCGGUUAAAGCAACAGAGUCAUAUGUAAAGUCCUAGUGCGCUCUGACGUGUAUGAACAGCUCCUUCUGUUUUCUACUGUAUAAUACUGGCAUCCUGUAUAAUGGGGACAAGGGCCUAAUUCCAAUCGAUUUCUGGUCAGUGAAAAAAAUGUAUGGUUAGUUCAUAAACUUCUUCAUUUAGUGUACAGUAGAUAUUAGAUUUUUAGAAAGUACUUUAUGGAUGUUAAAGUAUUGUCUUGGCAAAUAUUUGUGUGUGUGUGUGUAUGUGUAUAUAUAUAUAUAUAUAUCACACACACACACACACACACACACAGUA